GUGGCUCCCGUUCCAGAAAACCAAGACAAAACAACUUUAGGAGAAAAAGCAGCCGCUUCUUUAAGAUCUACAGUGAUGAGCCGGGAGCCACCUCUCAAACCCACUGUGGAAAAGCAAGCCAUGCCUGUGAUGAGCCUGGAGCCACCUCUCAAACCCACUGUGGAAAAGCAAGCCACGCUGGUGAAUGUGCACAAACCCACAACAAAGAAGGUGACCAUAGAAAAACCCAAACCCAUGACAGAGAGGACUACCAUAGGAAGACCCAAACCCCAGACAAAGAAGUCUACGAUAGAAAAACCCCAUCCCAUAACAGAGAAGACUACCAUAGGAAGACCCAAACCCCAGACAAAGAAGUCUACCAUAGAAAAACCCAAACCCAUAACAGAGAGGACUACCAUAGGAAGACCCAAACCCCAGACAAAGAAGUCUACCAUAGAAAAACCCAAACCCAUAACAGACAGGACUACCAUAGGAAGACCCAAACCCACAACAAAGAAGGUGACCAAAGAAAAACCCAAACCCAUAACAGACAGGGCUACCAUAGGAAGACCCAAACCCCAGACAAAGAAGUCUACCAUAGAAAAACCCAAACCCAUAACAGAGAGGACUACCAUAGGAAGACCCAAACCCCAGACAAAGAAGUCUACCAUAGAAAAACCCAAACCCAUAACAGACAGGACUACCAUAGGAAGACCCAAACCCCAGACAAAGAAGUCUACCAUAGAAAAGCCAAGACCACAGACCCCCAAAAAGUCCUUAAGGAUCGGGGAUUUUCAACUGUACCCCAAGUGGGACAUAGAGGAGGACUACCACCGGGACCCUUCUGCAAAAAAGACAACCUGCCCAGAGUCUAUAAGGUCCAGGUCUGCUGAAAUUGAUUGGUUUAAGCAGCUCUUCAUCCCUGACAUCAGCCUCUUCAUGCACAAAGAGCACUUUAAUGAUGAGGAGUGGAAGAGGCUGGAACAUUUCAACCCUCCGUAUGGAUGGAUGGGGACUAAUUACACAGAAGUCAAACAGGCUGUAGAAUUGAUACCUGGGCUAAAGGAACAGACAGUCCUGCUCAGUCCCAAGAGGAAUGACGGUUGUAUCCGCUGUGCCGCUGUUGGGAAUGGAGGGAUCUUGAACGGCUCUCGGAAGGGGGCUGAAAUCGACUCUCAUGAUUAUGUAUUCCGUGUGAACGGGGCUGUUAUCAAAGGCUUUGAAGAUGAUGUUGGAGUGAGAACCUCAUUUUAUGUCCACACAGCUCAAACCAUGCUCUCGUCUCUCUGGGGUUAUCAGGAACUAGGUUUUACCAAUGUACCCAUGGAUAAGGAAAUAAAAUACAUCAUGGUUACAGAAGAUAUGAGGGAUUACCAAUGGCUAAGAGCGUUACUGCUGAAUACUAUGGUUUCCAGAGGACCCUAUCUUGAAAUGAGGCCAAGGUCGUAUUUUGGGACGGAUUUCACACCAGAAAAGUAUUUGGUUGCUCACCCUGAUUUUAACAGAUACAUUAAAAACAGGUUCUUGAAAUCAAAAACUGUUGAAGGAAUAGAUUGGGCCAUCUACAGACCAACCACCGGAGCCUUCGCUCUGCUCCUGGCUCUGCACCUCUGUGAUGUUGUCGAUGCCUAUGGAUAUAUCACAGAAGACUAUGCCAAAUAUCCAGACCACUACUAUGACAAGACAAAGACAAAAACUGUGUUUUACGGCAAUCAUGACUUUGGAUUGGAAAUCAAGGAGUGGAAGAAACUGCAUGAUGCUAAAAUCAUGAACUUGUAUCACGGGAGAUAGAGAGAACAACCACCAGACCUGGGGGUUACGUAAUGUGUUACUGUGAUAAUAUUACUUUUGUCAAUAACAAGGUAAUAUAACAUCUUAGAUUUUUAAUGGGAGUAAUAAUACUACAGUUACUUUCGGCAAAAAAAGAAACAAGUUUGUCUCUUUACCUUUUCUCUGUUGUACACUUGUAUUAGUGGUCUUUUUUAACCCCGACGUGCCCGACUGCUCUAAUGUCGGUGCCUUGCCACCUACAUUAGAGACAUGAGUGCAACACACACACACACAUACUCGUUUACAUGAACUGUGGGGACACAUGUCUGGAAACAGCUAUGUGGGGACACCACUUUACUGAGGUCCUAGCAACAAAACCAGCACUGGACUACAUUUUAGAGCAUUCUAUAACCAUGCCUAAAUAUAAAGGUUUUUGAUUUAGCCUUUAAAAUCGGAUUGACAUUUUACUGUAUUGUGGGGACAGUUUCUUCUUUAACUCCAAUCUAAGGACAUAGCGACACACACACACACAACUUACAUUAUGGUUAAUUACAGGGACCUUGUUUACAACCUGGGGACUUAUAUCUAUUCAUAGUUUUAUGAAUGACUUUUAAUCAAAUACUAAUUUAACUGUUUGAGUUUACCAAGAAAUUCAUAAACUAGAUCAGUUUAUAUAAAUAUUUGGUGUUAAAAUGGAGAGAAAAGCAUAAUUCCACAUUUAUCUCAAGAUUUAGAUGCAAGAUGUUUUGUAAAUCACAAAACUAGAUUUUUGUACUCUCAAUGCAUGUAGCUUACCCAUAAUAAUGUUCAUAAUUUUACUAGUAAUUACAACUGCUUGAGUAUAUCAGUGUAUAAAUGUAUUUACCUGAAAACGCUGCAGUAUUCCUUUAAAAUACAGCCAUAUUAAAUGUCUAAAAUUAGUAAUCUAUAUCUUCAACAAUAUGCUGCUGUACCAAUGUCCUAAAAUAAACAAACAGCAAUUACAUUAAAUAACUAAGCUAGCACAACUUUAAGAGGAAAAGGUAGUUGUUCAAUGUUGACUGCUUUUCACAACUUGACUCUUCCAGUUAUAAAUCCCACUGAGAUUUGUGAGCAGUGUCUGGAAUGUUGUUUUAUAUAUGCUUUGAAGCCAUUAUGUAUGAUAAUGGGCAUUUGAAAAAAGUACAGGAUAUCAACUAAAUAAUUGAUCUGGAAUGAUAACAAUAAAGUAGUGAACUUGGGGGUGAAUUUUGGAAUUUAGCUAGGGAGGCUGCAGAUGUGCAUAACUGUUCUGUGAAAGGGUUCUUUCUUGUGCGUGCAUUCGCUGCUGAGUGACAGGCAGGAGACCAGACAGGUUGAAAUUGACACGCCCCGCAGGCGCGCAGGAUUUAUUUACACACAUACAGAACAGCUCACGUGACACUACCAACCAUGGUAGCUCACUGAGUGAGUACGGCCAGCAUACGAAAAAAACUAAAUAAAACACAAUACAAAAAACUAUAAAAUAAAAUGUGCCGUAAAAACGGCGUGCGCUACUCCCUAAUGCAUGGAGGUCCCGCUUGCUCACCUCGCUAUACUUUAAAGGGAUCUACCAUCCCCAAACUAAUCUUUAGUAUCAGCACAAACCCUGACUCCGGCCGUCGGCGGUUUUGGCAGCUUCUUUUGGCUCCGAUCCCGGUUCACCAUCACGGCUAUCAGAGGAUUUCAGCAACUUAUUUCUCUCACUAUGCUCGGGUAGCGUGGACGAUCUUCAGCCCAUUGUCCGUGGCUUUGCAGCAGCCCAGAGGUGAACAAAUAGGACCUCUUUAUACCUGACGCCGUGCUGGAACACACCUACCCGCUGAUCAUCCACAGCUGGCAAUAACACACAGCAGGCAGGCGAUCCCAGGAGCGUCAGGUACUGCAAUAAAUUAAAUUACAACAAUUACACAAAAACACUAUUUACAAUGCAUACACACAAAUCCCCUCUUCAUGUGCAGGGCUCCUGCCCUGCUACAUGUUCAGUCCAUAACCAAGGAAAAUUUCGAAAAAGUGGCAAAAUAUUAUCAAUAUCCCAAAUCCCUUAACAUCAAAAUCUACAGACCAAACAGUUUGUUAACUGUUUUAUCAGGAUUGAUGUCAGGAUUUAUCAGGAUAGUCUAUUUUACAUUGAAAACUUGAACAGAACAAAAAUGUUUUAAGAUUUUUAACAAAAAAAAAGUCGUUUCACAUUUAACCUGUGUACAUGCUUUUUUAUUUCCAACUCUGAAGUACAUCUGUCGUACUUAAAUUUAACUAAUAUACAAAAUAAGAUUUUUUACAAAGAAAAAAGACGUUUCACAUUUAACCUGUUGUUUACAUGCUUUUUUUUUAUUUCCAACUCUGAAGUACAUCUGAGGUACUUAUAUGUAACUAAUAUACAAAAUAAGAUCUGUAUUAUAGGAGAGUAAAUGUAUUAAAUCUGCAUUAAAUGAGAGUAACAUUUGUACUAAACAGAGAAAUGUUAAUGUGUUUAAAC